AUAUCCCUCUAUCCGGCAGCUCUGACCUGUCUCUGUGUCACUUCCGUGUUCCGCUCACCUGUGUUACACCUGCGUUAUACAGCGCAGCUCCGGUGCACCUGCUGCUGCCAUGAUGACCGAGGACGACUUCACGACGUGCGACCUGACGACCUGCUCCUCCUCCGCCUCCGAGGAGGCUUUAAACGCCGCGAACAUUCGGGAAACGGAGCCCAUUUUCUCCGUGUUGACCGGCGGGAUGAGGGAGCGCGCGGGGGACACGGUGUCUCCGGGCACCUGCCGGGGAGGAGGAGGAGGAGGUGGAGGAGGAGGAAGCAGCUGCGCCUCACCAACAACCACCUCCGACACCGAGUCCGGGAUCUUUUCCGUGGAGAGCGAGGUGUGCGUGGAGCACGAGUCGGAGCUGGACUGGUUCUGUGGGACCGAGCAGAAACUCAUCUGUUCCCGCUGCGCCACCGCGGGGCCCUGCCGCGGACACGCCGUGACCCCGCUGGCCUCCAGGGUCACAGCAGUCAGGAACCAGCUGGUGGACGUGUGUGAGAAAAUGCAGCUGCAGGCUCUGAGGAUCGACAAGUUUAUCGAGCAAACCCUGGAAACCAAAAAGCAAAAGCUUCAGGCGGAGGCCAGCCGGGCGAGGGACCAGGUGCUGGCGCAGGUCAGUGCUGCGCGCGAGGCCCUGGAAAAGGAGGAGCAGCGCGUCCUGGAGGAGGUGCAGAGGGAGCAGGAGCGGGUGGAGCAGUGCCUCCUCACCCAGAGAGCCCACUGGAGCCAGGCUCUAGCGAGUCUGUCGCAGACGCGCGCCCACCUGGUGCACACGCUGACGCACACCGCGGACGCACAGCUGGUGACCAGCAUCCAAGAGAUUGCUGAAAGGGUGGAGUAUGCAGAGGGGGUUGGGAACCCCUGCGACACAGAACAGCUCAACCUGAACCCAAACUGUUCUAACAGCAAACUGCUGAGAGGUCUGUGGGCUGCUGCGCUGCUGCUCGGCCCAAACGCAUACGGAUCGUCUCUUCUAAAGUUUGACGAGCGCACAGUGAGCCCCCUCCUCUCCCUCUCCGACGACCUACGAACGUUGACCUUCCUCCAAAAGAAGCCCCGCCACUCUCCACCCUACGACCCCGCCCGCUUCGACUCUUGGCCCAACGCCCUGGGCUCCCAGUCCGUGUCCUCCGGCUCCCACAGCUGGGUGGUGGACGUGGGUCAGAGCGGCGCCUUCAAGAUCGGGGUCUGCUACGCCUCUCUGGAGCGCAAAGGUUCUGGUAACGAGGCCCGACUGGGCCACAACGCCCAGUCCUGGGUGCUGUCUCGCUACGACGACGUCUACUCGUACUGUCACGCUGGGAAGGAGGUGCCCCUGCAGGUGGUGAGGAGACCCCAGAGGAUCGGCGUCCUGCUCGACUGGCCGAGCCAGACGCUGCUGUUUUACGAGCCGGACUCCUGCACCGUGCUGCACGCCGUCACGCAACACUUCGAGGCGCCGCUGCUGCCGGCGUGCGCCGUGACGGACCGCAGCAUCACAAUCCUGCACUGAGGAACUGAGCGGGAUCAAACAUGGGAACUGUCUGUGUGCAAUAACAAAGCCUUCAAACACCAUCAGUUUAUAUUUAUUAGUAUUUUUUAGUCAUUUAUUAGUUUUUAUGUGUUGAUCAUGUAGUGCCACAGUGAAGCUGACUGACAAAGAUUGUUUUUGUUUGUAAUAAGAUGACAGUGGAGGUAAUCUGUGGAAGAAAGCUUGGUUGAUCCAGGUUUUAAUCAUCAUGUGAAAAAAAAGUUUUUUCUUUGUUCAUGUGCUGAGUAAAAUGAUUCUUACACUUUUUUUA